UUUUUUUUUUGGUUUCCCUCAUUAUCUUUGAUUAUUAUUAUUAUUAUUAUUAUCUUUUAUAAAUAUACAACUAUAUCUACAUUGUGUCGUAUUAGAAUUUGAAUUAGACUUUAUUAUUAUCAUUACUAUUAACAUUAGGUUAUAUAUAUUUUUUUUUGGUAUUAUCUCUUCUGAUAACAGUAUCUUGAUGACCAGUCGGAGUAUCUUGACUUUUCGUUUUAUUUAUGAAAAAUAUGGACUCGGAAACAACAAAUGUUAUUUCAAUGGAUUCUAUUGGUGAUCACACUCAUAACAAAACUAUACAAACUGCAUCAACAUCAAGUACAAACUCGGCUUCUUUUUAUCCUACCAUUUGGCACGGGAUCAAAAACUAUUUUCCUUAUUAUCAACUACAAUCAGGAUCAGAUUUAGUCAAAAUUAAUGAACGUCCACCAAUCUACAAGUGUAUUGUUUUUGGUUUACAGCAUGUUUUAGCCAUGUUUAGUGGAACAGUUUUCAUUCCAAUGCAAAUGGGGUUUGAUAUUAAUACUGCAUUAUUCUUUUCGGGAAUAAGUACAAUAUUGUUUUUUAUAGUUGUACGAGGUAGGGUACCUUGUUAUCUUGGAAGCUCCGGGUCAGCUACAAGCGCUGUGCUUAGUAUCACUGGUUUUGUUUACGGGAAUGGAACUCUUAAUCCAAAUAUAUCUGCAGUACAAGGAGCAUUGGUGAUACUUGGUUUGAUGUAUGUUGGCGUCUCUUUAUUGGUCUUUGUCUUUGGUUACAAAUGGAUUAGAUGGAUUAUGCCUCCUGUGGUAGUUGGUUCAGUCGUUGCUAGUAUUGGUCUUCAUCUUGUUUAUUCCUCUUUUCAUCAGGCAACUUCAACUCCUUUUGAUACAUAUAUGGCCCUCACAACCAUUUUAGCAACCAUGUUUAUCGCUGUUUAUGCUCCAUUCCCUCUACUCCGUCGAUUAUGUAUUCUUUCAGGUGCAAUUGUUGGAUAUAUAAUCAAUUUGAUUUGUGGUCUCAAGGGAGCAGGUCCUCCAAUUGAUUUCAGUCAAGUUUCUUCUAGUCCUUGGAUUCGUGCGCCUAUGAUCAACUCACCCAUUCUAUUCCAAGCACCCGCUAUUUCUACUGUGGCACCUGUCCUUAUUGUAUUGCUAGCAGAAAACAUGGGACACUUACAGGCUCUUUCUUCUAUCACACAAACACCUUUGGAUCAUCAUCUUGCCAAGACUUAUUUAGGCGAUGCGUUAGCAACCACCUUGUGUGGCAUUGUUGGGACAGCGCCAAUGACAACUUAUGCUGAAAACUUGAUUAUUCUUUCUGUGACUCGUAUAUAUUCUCCAUUAGUCAUUGUGUUUGCUGCAUUGAUAGCUAUCAUCUUGGGUCUGCUUACAAAGUUUGGUGCUGUCGUCAAUAGUAUCCCACCAGGUGUCUUUGGUGGCAUUACUUUGGUUCUUUAUGCAAUCAUCACCAUUACCGGAAUUAAGAUUUGGAUCGACAACAAGGUGGAUUUCUCUGAUGCAAGAAAUAUAUUCAUUGGAGUCGUUCCUAUGAUUUUGGCAAGCACGAUGCAAGGACAGCUUGUUCUAGGGAAUUUUCAAUUGGAUGGCAUCGGUUGUGCAACUUUUAGUGCAAUCAUAUUGAAUCAACUUCUCCGUGGUGUGGAUGGCUUCAAGGAAUAUGGAAAUGCAAUCAAGAACUACUAUCAAACAAGAAGGAGAACAAACGAUGGACAGCGUUUAUGUCAACAACAACAACAACAACAAUAAUAUCUACCAUGAUAUAUGAUUCACCCAAUCCUCCUUUUUUUUUUUUAUUUCAUUACGAAUUCAUGUAUGAUCAUCUCAC